GCCUGGAUUUAUGAAGCUAUUCGAUUUAGCCGAGACAACCAACCUUCCAACAACAACACAGCGCUAAUAUGUGGUAAUACCCCGUAGACACGACACUUUCUGUCUUUGUGUGUUCAAGUGACCAAACUCGUGUUCAAAAGGGCAUUUUCGAUUGGUGGUGUUGAUUGGGUUGCUUUGACAACCCGCUGAUCGGAAGACCGGCAGGGGUUGGGUCAAGUACUCCGCAGUGUGGUUACAUAUGUACAUCACCGAUAGAGGCCAUACAGAACGACUGAGACGAGUGUAAAGCAUACAUAUAUGACGCCUCUGCUCCAGUGGUGCUCCCCCGUAGUUGGUGCCGUAUAUCGUAAAGCAGAGUACACCGUAAGAAUUUAUGCAUAUCUGAUUUAUUUAUAAGGGAUACUUCAGGGUAUCUGUGGCGGUGAGAGUGGCCCCAUGGAGACUCUACUCAGGCGCGCAUCUGGGUUUCCCAACUGGACGCAGGUCCCCAUCCCUAACUUCAGUUUGUCGGCAAGCGGUCUUCUUGCUCUCGCAGAUCUGAGCACAAUUGCCCAACGCACAGCAAUAACAGGCGGGGCGUCAUGGCUUGACGCACUGCUGCUGGCCCCUGGCCUCCAUUACCAACAAGCGGCAGAUGCGCUUGGAAAGGAGACCGCCAAGUGCGAGGCCCUCGAGAACGUUCAGGGCAAGAUGUCUGCAUACAACAUCACGAAUCCUGCGACCAUCCGCUAUCUGCAGACAGUUGGCCGGCAAGGCGAGAUAGUGACGGUGGACGUUGGCAUGAUUCCGCAAAGGAGUUACUUCCGCCGUGCAAGCCGAGGCCAGCCCCAGGGGCAACGAUCGACCAUAUGGCAUGGUUCGAGCUCUGAUCACGGAUGGCUCUCGCAUGUGCUGUAUCUCGCUAGUCCCAUGCUUACGGUCACCGCAGUCGUCUUCCUUGUGCUGUUGAGAGAGUGGUACGGUCUCGCGUUCCUAAUGGCUCUUAUGCUAUCUCGUCUUCUGAACAUAUGGGUCAUCAAGCAGCGCUCGAGGCCGAAACAGCCUAUACCGCCUGAUCCGGAUGCCAGUCACAUGAUUACGCAGUAUCUCGUGGAUUUGGGCAACGGUCGAUCUGUCUGUCUGCGUGGGAUGGCAGAUGACCUGCAGUCUAUCACCACAUCUACCUGGCUCCGCAAUAAGACACACAUUGAAGGCUAUUUAGAAGCCAUGGCCACGCUCAUUGUAUACCUGGUUGCUGCUUUUAGCGGCAAUAUGACACAGGUCGGCGGUAUUAUCUUCAUGGCCUUAUUGCUUGUUACUGCGGGUUUGCUUGGCCUCAGUAAUGCGCAUGCCAGAACGUUAAAAAUGCACGGAAGGUUGGCGGCGCCGACAUCAGAGCGACUGGCAUAUCCUCCAGACAAGCUUCCCUACCCGCGCAGUCGGACUACCUUCAGCGGGAGUGUCGGGACCGGAAGUUUAUCGUUCCCGGCGACAACGCAAAGGACGGACACUGGUUUGACUGCCAUGAGUGACUGGGCCGAGAAGGGACAGGUUGGAGCGCCAAUGAGGGAGAGUCACCCAUUUGGGCAUCAUGUUGAUUAUCAAUGAAUCCAAAUCCAUUGAUCGGAAUCUUGCCCACCCUUACCAACUUUACAGUAGUCUCAUCUAACCUUGUUAACCGAUAGUCUAGCAGCUAACGAACUUACUCACAAUUAUAUGAAUCGGUGGCUGAUAUGCGACACGUCCCUAGCAUGAGAUGGAGCAAGGAGAAACAACAUUGAAUAGCACAGCAUAAUACUCAGUGAUGUGGUUCUGAUCUGAGUGCCAACUUACAACGCUGAAUGGUCGCUGAAAUAAUAGCGCCAGAGGGCGUUAGGCUAAUGCUCGCACCAAGUAUUUGUGAUUAUAUUGGACGCUAAUGUAGCUCGAUUAGUAAACGUGCUAUGUUGGUCAGUGAGUGUUUCACUAUAAUGGAUGCCUCAGGCAUCCAUCUGGGCAACCACGUACGUAGCCUUCAGUGGAGCAGAGGUUAAU